GGAGGCAGCCAGAAGUGAAUGAGAGUUAAUGAAGUCGAUCGUUAGCGUCCCCUGGGAGAGAAGCAGAAGACAGCGUUAUUCCUAUUUGCAUACGCGGAUAAAAGGUCCUGAGAACUCGUGCGACUUGUCCCGCAUUGCAGACCUGGUCUCUCACAACUCGACACCCGUUUGCCCUGGCGUGGCUGUAGCUGGUGUGUGGAACUGUUGAUGACGCCCGCUGGCGCACGGGAAGCGCGCGCGGGAGCAGCGGCAGACACCGAGACUCCGAGCUAAUCGCGUGCGUCCCCCCGCAGGGCAUGGAGCGGCUGGCGGCCUGGGAGCCGCAGGGCGCCUGCGCACUGCGGCGCUUCCAGGGGCUGCUGCUGGACCGCCGCGGCCGGCUGCACGGCCAGGUACUGCGCCUGCGCGACGCGGCCCGGCGCCUCGAGCGACUCCGCCGGCGCUCCCUGGCGGCCAGCGUGGCGGGCAGCUCGCUGAGCGCCGCGGGCGCCGUCGCCGCCAUCGUGGGGCUCUCGCUCAGCCCCGUCACCCUGGGGGCCUCGCUUCUGGCGUCGGCCGUGGGGCUGGGGGUGGCCACCGCCGGAGGGGCCGUCACCCUCACGUCCGACCUCUCCCUGAUCUUCUGCAACUCCCGGGAGGUGCGGAGGGUGCAGGAGAUCGCGGCCACCUGCCAGGACCAGAUGCGUGAGAUCCUGAGCUGCCUGGAGUUCUUCUGCGGCUGGCAGGGCCGCGGGGACCGCCAGCUGCUGCAGAGCGGGAGGAACGCCUCCAUCGCCCUGUACAACUCCGUCUACUUCAUCGUCUUCUUCGGCUCACGUGGCUUCCUCGUCCCCAGGCAGGCCGAGGGGGCCACCAAGGUUAGCCAGGCCGUGCUGAAGGCCAAGAUUCAAAAACUGACCGAGAGCCUGGAGUCCUGCACUGGGGCUCUGGACGAACUCAGCGAGCUGCUGGAGACCCGGGUCCGGCUCUGCGCCAAGUCCAGCCGUGGCCACGACCUCAAGAUCUCUGCUGACCAGCCCUCAGGGCUGUUUUUCUGAGAAUGUCCUUUCCUCCUGAUGACCAAGUCCAGAAACCAUUCCCAUGGGAUGCUGCAGUUUGUGGCUUCCUCUGGAAACUUGGGUUGGGAGCUGAAAACAAAGGAUGAGAAAAACUGUUCCUGAAAUGGGUGGGCACUCACGGCCCUUCUUUUCCCACUACUGUGACAUCCUGCCCGGGCUUAAGUGCUAGGGUCUUUUCACUUGUGUGAUCCUAGGGGAGUAUGUGAACUGAACACCUUUCUCUUCUUCACAACCUUUCUGUCUUCACACAGCUGGGCAGGCAGUCCUGUUUUAUGGUUAUUUCAGGGUCCCUGCCCCUGCCCUGGUGGUUUGAACUGAGGAUGGACAGAGUGCCUUUUUCCGAGUCCUCUCCAAGCCCCACUAGGCUUUGAGAGGAUUGCAUGUGCUUUAAAGUCUUUCUUCCAGAGUUUCUGAUAUAAAGAUCUCCAGAAUCCAGAGCAAGCCAGACCCCCUCUGAACUUUGUGGGAGGGCUCAGGACCCAGAGAGGGCCCUGGAGCUGACGUGCCCUCUUCUCUCUCCUCUCAGCUUACUCACUCAUAGAUCCAGCCUGGGCAUGGAGUGGGCCUUUCCUGGGUGGCUUCAAAUCUGGACCUCCAGGUACUCUGAGAGGGAAGCCAACUAAACAGUCAUGUUCCCUUGCAGGAAGAAGCUACAGCUGAGAAAGAUGACUCACAAAUACACUUACUGACAUCCUAGUGUAGAGGAGAGAGCAAUGUGUUUUGAGUUAGAAGUCCUGGGUUUAGUACAGGCCGUGCCACUGCCAUGUGACCUUGGCCACCUAAUCUCUCUGAGACUUGGCUUUCUGUUCUAUAAAACAGAGAUGAUAAAACCUCACCUCGUUGUGAGGUAUUAAGUGAGACUGAGUACCCAGCAGUGUCUGGCUCACAAAGUGUGGUCCCUGAACUGGCAAGUCAGCAUCACCCAGGAACUUGUUAGAAAGGCAGAUUCUUGGACUCCAAGCCUGGUUUAUGGAAUCAGAAACUCUGGACGUGGGGUCCAGCAACCUGUGUUGGAACAAGCCCUCUGUGUGUUUCUGAUGCACCCUGAGGUUUGAAACCACUGCAACAAAUGUAAUUUCAGAUUUCCUCAAUGGAGCUGUCACGAAGUCUCAGGGCCACUCUAGGGGCUCCAUGGUCUUCAGGGUCAUUCGCAGAUGGUCAAGCACAGGCUGUGACCCAGAAGCAAAAGAAAGAAUAUGUGUGUGCAAGCAGGUGUGCAGGUGCCGUGCUCCAUGCUGGUCAAUGCGUCCUGGGGUAAUUUUCACAUGAACUAAGAGUUGUAACACAAUCAGCCCUCUGGAGGGCAGUGUUGCCCACUCACUGCAGAAACUGGUACAAAAGGAAUGUGAACUUACUGGCAACUGGCUUUUCUCUUAUCACCUCUGAAAACUGCCAGACUGUGUACUUUUUAUUUAAGUUUGCUAUUUAAUUACUGUUUAUUAUUUGCAUUUAAUUUUAUUUAAUCACCACAUUUAGAAAAUAAAAAGAAUAACAGGUUUCUGAAUAGGAGACCACUGAGGCUCUUUUGAGGAGAUGAGGGUGAGUUUGACUUUCUGAGUUGGGGCAUGAGCUGGAUAUAGCAUUGCUCUUCUUGAAUAAUUCUCUCUCCUUCAGAGGGAAUUUUAAAAAAUCUAGUGUUUUUAAAUGAUCUUUUUAAGUAAGUGAGGGGAAUUCUGAAUAUAGAGACCCGGCACUGAGUUUAAGCUUGUAAAUGGAGGCUUGAAUUGUGGGAUAUGUAAACGAUGAAACAUGUUUAUCCUGAAGGUACUUUGCCAGAAGAUAACACCUGACCUGGAAAGAGAACCUAGUUAGUUCAAGAAAAAUAAAGUAGAGGCAUGUGAAGGAAGCACUUAGACCUUGGAAGCCUGAUGCCCUAUGAAGUUAUGUCAUAAUGACAGACAAAACAGCUUGUGUUAUGGUGGUGAUGUGUCACAUUUUCAUUUGGGGGUCUGUAAGAAACCUGUCUGCUAUGUAAAGAAAACACUUAUUUUUUUCAAUUUCCAUCCCUACAACUGUAAUGUUGAAAAAUAAGUUGACAAGUCUUUGGGACCAUGCACAAAAACUUGGCUAUGUUAUUGAAUUAUUUAAUAUAGUAUAAAUUUACCCAGUCUACCCCCAUGCUUCCCAAAUGAUGGCAGUGUGUCCGAGGAAGUAUAACUUCAGCACUGGAGGGAAGAGCUGGUGUUUCUACAUUUGUAUUUUUCCUGUAAAUUGCAAUUAGUCUGUAUCCUGGUUUAUUUUGAAAUUGACUUUGGUUUCUUUUUAAAGUGCCUUGCACAGAUGCUAACAUUUUAGACCACUAGAAUGUGCUUUACCUUGUUGUUUGUGUUAUGUCAUAAAGGUACAACCAUCCCUGACUCCAUCUUUUAUUAAUGCUUAAGUCUGAAUUAUAUUCCUUCAAUUCCUGAGCUAUUCCUUAGAAAUAAACCGGGCACUUCUGGAAGCAGCAACAGCAGCAACCUUUCCUACCUUUAGGUAUUUUGAGUAUGUCAAGGUCCUAAAUUUCUGAAGUUACUCUUUCAGUGGCCCACUUUAUAUCUGUGGAAGUGUCUACUUUGAAAUAAUACUCUGCACAUAAUAAGAAUGCAAUAAAUUCACUUGAAUAAUUUAAUUAACUAUUUAGCUAUAUUAAUAAGAAUGUGUUGACAAUGAAAGAUCAUUCAUCCUAAUAUGUGUCGGUUAUGAAGAUUGGAGCCUCUAAUUUAGUUUAAGUUAGUCAAGUUCAGUUAAAUUGAACUUAGAAACGAGUAUUUCUUUUGUGGGAAUGUGAAUAAGGCUUUUCCUUAAGGCCUUCUCUCUAUAAACACAUUGAAAUUGUAUGUUGUAAAGGUAAGAAAGGGGAAGGGUAUUUAGAUUAUAAGUGUACUUCACAAUAAUGGCAGGGUUUGGAAAAUAAGUGUGUUUGUACUAAAUAUUUAAGAGCUUCUCUGUUAGUUUCUUGGAUUAUUUUGUUUUACAAUAAAGGUCAUUCAUUUGGCUUUGCAUUUCAA